AGUUGUCAAAACAAAACGCCAGUUGUUUGUUCACAACUCAACGCUGUUGUCUUCAUUAAGUUGUAUGUGAGCUGUCAAAAUCAUAUAACCACGGUUUAUUAGUUUGCUUACACGCCUGUCAACGGAAAAAUGGAAAGGAUAAAUAAAGUAUCAACCAAGCAACAAAUAGACCGCCUUGUCGAUUUAGUUAGAAAAAAUCCCAACGUUGCCAGAAAUAGACGCAUACAUGGCACUAGUCGUGAAGAAUCAAAAAAAACUUGGGAGAAGUUUGCCGCCGAGCUGAAUAGCCUAGGACCGCCGUCAAGAACAGGACCACAAUGGCAAAGAGUGUGGAUUCAUUACAAAGCUAACCUAAAACGCAAGUUGGCGCGAAAUAAAGAAAUCUUAGAGGCGAACGAUCCUGGCGUUUUCCGCGAAAUCAGUUUCUCUGCAACUGAGGAAAAAGCUUAUGAAAUUACAAAAAAACUGGAUUUGUUUUCCCCGAAUACAACCGAGUUCGUCGACGUGAGUACGAAAGGCAACGAAACUCCUCCACGAACUGCUGAAUCGUCGCUAAUCAUUGAAAACACUGAAAACGCUGAACCGCCGCCAACCAAACGUUUGAGAACAGCCGAAGCGCAAAUGCAUUUACUCGAGGUUAUGGCUGAAAAGCAAAACGAAAUGCUGCGUACGCUCAGAAAAAUGCAUAGCACCCAGCAUAAACUGUACCGGUUGAAGUUGGAUAAAUUGAAGUUGCUGAAGAAACGCGAAAAAGAAGCGAGUGACCUGCGAAAUCUACGAAUAGAGCUGGCCAAAGAAAAAUUAAAACAAAUUAAAAAAUGAUCUAGCACCGAGUUAUGAGGGGCACCGUAAUUCCACUCUUCCGAUACGCUUCAGCUUAAUUGCUCGUAUUGCCGUAUUUUUUAAUAUUUCUCCAUGAAAAUUUAAUAAAAUAUUUUUAAAAUGUCAUAGCAUAAUCUACCAUAGGUUUAAAAAAAUAGAUCUUAAUUGUUUCGUAAAACAAAUUAUAAUAAUGGGCUCUGUUUUACAUGAAUUAACCCUACUACCCCCUUUAACAUACAGCUUUAAAUCUUUACGCACCUUUGCGUGACUUUUUAACAUUUUUAAAACAAUUUUUUCCUUUAAAUUAUUUAACACUGAAAAUAUUUAGCAAGAAGUGCUGAUAUGAUGAGUCCAUUUUACUUUUUAUGAAUAUAAUUAGACGAUUACACAUAGAUAAGACGAAAAAUCGUUUGAAAUAGUAUCAAUUUGGCAGUCGUGUUUGAAUUUUGACAACGUUUAUGCAUUUUUAGCGUCAAAUUUAAUGUUGUUUACAGUUUUUUAAUAUGUUUUAUUUUUGUGAAGCACAAGCAAGCUAUAAGCUAUUAAAUACACACACAUACAUUAGUAAAAAAAAUUUCUGUUAUUUAGAAAAGUUGGCAAGUGCGCCAUUAAAAGGUGGUUUCACAAAUUGUUAAGCACAAUUGACUUUAACAUUAUUAUUGUUAUGCAUAAUUGCUUAUGGGGCAUGU